GAGAGAGAGAGAGAGGGGAGAGAGGGGGCGAGUGAGUGAGCGAGCGAGCGAGCGAAGCCCAGCUCACAGACUAGUCAUCUCCACACAGGCAAAGCGAACUGCGGGGGCAGACAGAGUACAUGCGUCGGGCACUACUGCAGUAGCCUUUUCGACAGCGAAAGGAGACCCAAAAGGAUUUCGUUGUAUUAAAUUCCGUAUUCCUAACCUUCAGAGAUCAGACUGUGUUCGUUUCGAAUACUUUUCUUGAAAGGGCAACUUUCCUUUUUGUGGAGUUAGCGGGACGUUAUUAGAUAUGGACAGUCGGGAGUCUACUGCAGGAGAAAACUCGCCGGUGUCACCAGUCGCCUAGUCAAAUGUGUAAGAAAGUCACUGUCUAGGACUUGUUUCUGUGGAUAUUUGAUGAAGCGCUUUCUGGCAUUUGCUAAUUCUGGGAGACCUUGGAAUUACAAGGAACUAGGACCUAUAUUGGCAUCAAAUUGUUUUAGUUACCCACUGCUGAAAGGAAUUGCAGCUUUCAAAGUAGUACGAGAAACAUGGAGACUGUAACUCGGCAGAGCUUCCAACCUCACCCAGGACUGCAACAAACUCUGAAGCAGUUUCAUCUUAGUUCUAUGAGCUCCCUCGGAGGACCAGCGGCAUUUUCUGCUAGAUGGCAACAUGAUCUUCUGUUUAAGAAAGAUGGGAAAGAACCUGAGCCCGUCUUGCAUUUGCCAAUGCAGCCGCCGCCAGUGAUGCCAGGGCCCCUGUUCAUUCCCUCUGAUCGCUCCACCGAGAGGUGCGAGACUGUCCUGGAGAGCGAGAUCAUCUCCUGUUUUGUGGUCGGCGGCGAGAAACGGCUGUGUCUGCCGCAGAUCCUCAACACCGUCCUACGAGAUUUCUCCCUCCAGCAGAUCAACUCGGUGUGCGACGACCUCCACAUCUAUUGCUCCAGGUGCACAGCGAAUCAGCUGGAAAUCCUAAAAGUCAUGGGGAUCCUGCCCUUCUCAGCGCCUUCAUGCGGUCUCAUCACCAAAACGGAUUCCGAGCGCUUGUGCAAUGCCCUGAUUCACGGGGGAACGUACCCGCCGCACUGCAAGAAAGAGUUUUCAGGUUCUUUGGAGCUUGAGCUUACAGAGAAAAGCUUCAAAGUGUACCACGAGUGUUUCGGAAAGUGCAAGGGUCUUUUCGUCCCCGAGCUGUAUACCAGUCCGAACGCAGCAUGCAUCCAAUGCAUAGACUGUAGACUCAUGUACCCGACCCACAAGUUUGUGGUUCAUAGCCACAAAUCCUUGGAAAACAGGACUUGCCACUGGGGCUUCGACUCAGCCAACUGGAGGGCAUACAUUCUCCUGGGCCAGGAUUACACUGGGAAAGAGGAGAAGGUGCGCUUGGAGCAGCUUUUGGACGAGAUAAAAGAGAAAUUUGACUUCGCUAACAAAUACAAGAGGAAAGCAUCCAGGGCAUCGGAUCCUAUUCCAGCAAAGAAGUCUAAACAUGAGGACUUCCCACUGCAGUCCCCGUCAGCUGACAAGGACAAGCAACCUGAUUGGCUACGAUCCCUCUCCGCUUCGGCUAGCAAGGGCCUUAACUGCAUCCAGCCCAGACAGAGGCCCUCAGCUUUCAGACCCUGGUCCCCCAACCUCUCCUCUGGGGAUAAAGAGUCCCCCAGCCGGCCUCUGGCCCUUCUGAGAGACAGUUUCUACAACUACAAGAGCAUGGAGAGCGCUGUGGCCCCCAACGUGGCCCUCACCCCCCAGCCCCCAGGGAAGGUGGGGCCCAUGUCCCCGUCCGUGCCCAGCACCUCCCACCCCAGUGGGGGAGAGCCUCCAGGAGAGGGGGCCAGUGUUAGCUCCAGGCCGCGGAAGAGAAGGGCCACAGGGGAGCUUCCACACCCAACGCCCGAGCCCCCUUGUCCCCCUUCCGCCACAGCGAGCAAGCCCCCCCAGGAGGACAAAGACUCUGAGGUGGAAAUCGAAGUGGAGAGUCGUGAGGAAUUCACUUCGUCCCUGUCCUCCCUCUCCUCCCCUUCCUUCACCUCCUCGAGCUCAGCUAAGGACCUGAGCUCACCUGGGGCCCAGGGCCCUAUGGCCCCCAUCACAUCGCCUGAGGUGUCUGGGGCCACAGCUGUGGCUCCAGAGGCCCCGGGGCCAGGGCUGGAGACUGACCUAGAGACCCUGAGGCAGGCCCUGGACAGCGGCCUGGACUCCAAGGAGUCCAAGGAGAAGUUCCUGCAUGAGAUUGUCAAGAUGAGGGUCAAGCAGGAAGAGAAGCUCGGCUCUGCCCUUCAGGCCAAGCGUAGCCUCCAACAGGAGUUGGAGUUCCUGCGUGUGGCGAAGAAGGAGAAGCUGAGAGAGGCCACGGAGGCCAAGCGCAACCUGAGGAAGGAGAUAGAGCGCCUGCGCGCUGAGAGCGAGAAGAAGAUGAAGGAGGCUAAUGAGUCCCGCGUCCGUCUGAAGAGAGAGCUGGAGCAGGCACGCCAGCUCCGAGUGUGUGACAAGGGCUGCGAGGCCGGACGUCUGCGUGCCAAGUACUCUGUACAGAUCGAGGACUUACAGAUGAAGCUGCAGCAUGCGGAGGCAGACCGCGAGCAGCUGCGGGCAGACCUGCUGCAGGAGCGGGAGGCCCGGGAGCACCUGGAGAGAGUGGUCAAGGAGCUGCAGCAACAGCUGUGGCCCAAGUCAGACAGCGGUGCAGACAAGGACACGCCAACCAAGGACUUGCCCCCCGACAACUAAACCCUCCAACUUCCUCCACUCAGGUCCUGCCUGCACAGUCAACUUGCCCUAGAAACCCCCCACCACCCCACCCCCAUAUCCAGAGACAGAGAAGACAGAUCAAGAAUAGAGAAGAUGAUCUAUACUGAGGAGCUACAUCCUUGAUAUGCGCAUAUCCAUCUUCAGGAAAAGUCUGAGUGGUGGGUGCAUCCUUGGGGAAAAAACUAGAUAUUUGUACAUGGACCAAGGAAAUAUGUGUUACUAAGACAAGCACUGAAAUGCACCUCUACCACCAGAACUGAAAAUUGAAUUGUGGGAAGAAAAAAAUACUAUAUAUGGCACAAAAUAUGAUUGUGCCUGUUUUUCUCUGACAAGAAACCAAGCAACAUUUUGGAUAGAGACUUUCUAUGAAGACAAAUUAAAAAGAUGAUAAUAGUAUGAUAUUAGUAUAUUACAACUCACCCAUAUAGAGACACAAAGUGGAGAGUUUUAAAAUGGCGGACGGAGCCAUGCAGAAGGACUGGACUGUACCCACAUACUCUGGCAACGGCUCUGCUCUCUCUCAAUUCGAAGAAAGCGGAGGAUUUCACAAUGUUAUAAGCUAUUUAAGAGACUGUAUAGCGAUAUGUAAAAAAUACUUUUUUCUUUGUUUGUUUGUGCUUUUGGAGCUUCAAAAAGAAAAUAUGACAAAAAAUAUGAACUAAGGACUACUCUUGAUCAAGCGAGAGUAACUCACUAUUGCCACCAUGGGUUUGUUGGACUAGGGGAAUUCAUUGUGAGCCUUUGAGGAAACAUAUCAAGUCUGAUCAUUUUCUUCUGUACUGUUCCAGAAAUACAAAAUCAUUCAUCAAGUUUAUUAAUGAAAUGGUGAGUAGGAUUGCAUUUGACUUGAUAUUUUCUCUCUUUGGAACCAGUCAUGUCUUUGUAUUUGGAAAAAAGUGUUACGUUCUAGGCACCUUUCAGAAUGAGCACUUCAUUUAGAUAGUGACAACAAUUUUCCCCAAGUGACAAAAUACACAGAAACUGCUCACAAUUUUUUUUGUCAUUGUGUGUUUGUGAGCAUUGGGUCAAACCCCAAAAGUCUAUCUUAUGAAGAUACACUUUGUGAUCAAUGUCUGUGUAACUAAAGCCUAGAUUUCAGACUAGCUUGACUGUGUUUUUCCUUUACAUUUGAUUAACAAAAGUAUGCAUGUUUCGCUCAAUUAAGAUUUGAAGACUCUUUCUGGAUACUAUGAUUUUAGGGCUGAAAGUGGCACCUUUAGCAAGUACCACAGUAUGUUCUUUUAAAUAAAUUAUGGUAUGUAAAUAUAAAUAUGUUUCUUUUUUACUUUACAGUAAUGAAUCGCACUUUGUCAUAACAAAGUACUGUUGUAAUGCAUUAUACACCCACUAUUGUCUUCAUUUUUACUUUGGAAAAGAAAUAUUCAUGACAACAACAAUAUAAAUUCAGUAAGCAUUUUUUUAUUAUAUGCAUCUCAUUAAAGUACAAUGUUAUUAUGUGUUAUCAAAACACAGUAUUGUAAAUAAAAUGAAAGGAAAAAGGGGUCUACCUGCUUGCUUGCUGACGUGGUCCUGGCUGCUGAGAAAUCCUAUUCCUUUUUGGUGGUAAAUUGACUUUUAGAACAGACAGACAGUGGGACAUCAUAGUGCAAGUGACACAUUCAAUUCAGCGCCAACUUUAUUUUUUUUUAGUAUUUAUUAAUAUUAGACUAAUUAAUUGAAGUUUCAUGUAAAACACUACUCCAAUAAACCAGUCAAUGGAAGGCGUUGGUAAUUGGAGCCCAGAGAUACAUUGCUCACAUAUUGACAGAAAAUAUUACAUAAAAUCUUUUUUUUAUAAUGCUCCAAUUACACAGUGGGUACAAUGCAAUCAGAAUGUACAUUGUGUUAAUGCUGUUUUCCUUUGGUUGUUGAUGUUGUUGUUGUUUUUAAUGUGGGGAUAUUUUUAUUGCUUGUCUGUUAUGUUCCUUUUUUUCCAAUAGAAAACUCAUAUAUUUUCUUUAUGCAUGACAUUUGAGAAGGUUUGCCAUACAUAUAGUCUUUAUUGGGCAUUGAUAUUGUACAUGUAAGGGUUUUAUUGUGUUAUGCAAUAUACAGCAAACUCGUCUUAUUUAGAAAAAAAAACAAAAAAAAAGAAUCUCAUUUUUUAAAGUCAACUAAACCUUGUUUAUUAUACAGCUGAGAAGCAUUUCACACGCAAAUCACAACAAGUUCAAAUGCAAUGCUGGACAACCUUAAGUGCCUGAAAGCGGGCGGAAGGUUUCCAGAACAGGAACAUUGAUGAUGUAAUUGUUGUUGCUGGCCUCUGCAUAGGGACUCAGAGUCAACUUCUCCAGGGAUGCUAGGUCCUUCACAGUGCAGAUGCUGGGGUAGAUGAUAGGGAUGUUUGCUUUGCACUCUUGAAGGGAGUCUAGAACAUUCUCUGGCCUUUCUGAGCAAAUCUCCCUUAUGGCAGGCUUGACUUGACCUCCUGGGCCAAGCUUACAGAUGCAGCUCUUUUUCAGUAUUCCUAUUCCAAUACAGUUUACAGCAGUACUUUACAUUGACCUUUUUUAAAGCAGAAAUAAUUGAACAAUUUGCAAAUGCUGAACCGUAGGCUUUUUGAAUGAUCGCUUUUCUUCAUUCAGAAAUGUUCUUUCAAUGAUAUGCAUGUCAAAACAUUUUAUAAAAAUCAGUAUGUACCGUUGAUAUGUGCUAAGGUAACUCUUGAGGGUAUCGCUCUGUCCGUCUAGAGGUGACCAUGUAUAACAAAUCAAAAGGGCAUUAUGUCUAAGCCCAAUGUCUUAACCUACUUUAGAAAGGGCAAUGUUAAUGACAGACUGACACUGAGUCUGUGACUUCAACAGACCUUAAAUUGGUACAUUUUAUAGUUGUUUUUACACAAAAAUGAAUUGAUACGUGUAGUUUACUUUAUUCAUGGUUUUCUACAAAAAGGGAGAAAAUAAUGACAUUGGCUCUUUGGUCUCCCAUGUAAAAGAAAAAAACGAUUUAAAUGAUUUAUUAUUUUCUAAACAAGACCAUUUUGCUAAAAAGAGGACAAUAAAGCAGCAAUAACAGUACAUAUUAAUAGACAAAAACUAUCCAGUGUGAGGAUUUGAAUAAGAAUUUACAAAUGUAAAUAGUUUUUUUCAUUUACAAUAUUGUAUUAUAUAUGUACAUGGUGUUUCCUUUUUCAAAAAGAAAUCUUUUCUUACACAAUAGCUGUCUUGUUUUUUUUUUUGAGUUUGUGUUUUAACCAAGACCAUGUUUCAAAAACAAUUAUUGCAGUGCGUUAGAGAAUAUUCCCCACAUAAACAUGUUGUUUAUCCCAUGUUUUUUUUUUUUACUGUAGAGUCUUUAUAUUCAUUGUCUUUUUUCACCAGUUUAUAUAUAUUUUUAACAAUAUAUUCAAAUCAAUUAGUGGACCUGUGGUCACACAAGACCACGCCACAUCGCAGAUUUCCUCCUCAUCCUCAUUUAUCUUUUUAGCCCUAUGCUGCUGCUAAUACUAUAUAAACUUUACAAUUCUAGAAAUAUUUUUAUGUAAGAGGUAAAUGUAUGCUUUCUUGUUUAUCAAUGCCGCAAAUACAGUAUGAGAAAAAAAGCUUGGCUUAUUUAUCUACUCCCUUCUUUCCUUCAUCUUUUCGCGCCUUUUUCCACCUCUCCUUCAUCAACACCUUUCCCUUCUCUCACGACACGGACUAUAUUGUAAAGUAAAGGACUUUAUGAGAUAAUGUUUGAAAAUAGCUAUGCUUAUAUACCACAGUGACUGAAUGUACAGUGUAUAGAUGCAUUACCAGAAAUAAAGUUGUUUGUCCAGA